GUCAAGUUGGUUAAUGACAAACGAGAGUAAUUAUUGGAGUAAUCGAGAUAAGAUCAAGUCCUGCUUGACUCAUAGACUUUGAGUCACUUCGUUACUUCCCAGUUCAGCUUGCCAUGGCCAAAGAGACUUCCUCCUCCGCUAACCACCGCUCCUCGCCGGAGAACGGCGACUUCAAGUUGGUGGGGUUCAACAAUUUCGUCCGCGCUAACCCCAAGUCCGACCAUUUUCCCGUCAAACGCUUCCACCACGUGGAGUUCUGGUGCGGCGACGCCACUAACACCGCCCGCCGAUUCUCCUGGGGCUUGGGGAUGCCUAUUGCCGCUAAAUCCGACCUCUCCACCGGCAACUCCGUCCACGCUUCCUACCUCCUCCGCUCCCCCUCCGGCGAGCUCCAGUUCCUCUUCACCGCUCCCUACGCGUCUUCCAUCUCCGUCCCGUCCUCCGCCGCCAUCCCCGGCUUCUCCCCGUCAGCCCACCGCUCUUUCACCGCCGCGCACGGCCUCGCCGUCCGCGCCGUCGCCCUAGUAGUCGACGACGCCCGCGCAGCUUUCGCGGCCAGCACCUCCCGCGGCGCGAAACCCGUGCUGGAACCCGCGACGAUCGGCGACCAGGUCCACAUCGCCGAGGUCCACCUCUACGGCGACGUCGUGCUCCGAUUCAUCAGCCAUCUCGGCAAUCCCGCCGCCCACACGUUCCUCCCCGGGUUCGAACCCGCGGACGAAACGUCGUCGUUCCCAGAUCUAGACUACGGAAUCCGCAGACUCGACCACGCCGUGGGGAACGUCCCCCGGCUGGGCCCCGCCGUGGAAUACAUCAAAUCCAUCACCGGAUUCCACGAAUUCGCGGAGUUCACGGCGGAGGACGUGGGGACGGCGGAGAGCGGGCUGAACUCGGUGGUGCUAGCGAACAACGAGGAGACGGUUCUGAUGCCUCUGAACGAACCGGUUUUCGGGACGAAGAGGAAGAGCCAGAUCCAGACAUACCUGGAGCACAACGAGGGCCCAGGGGUGCAGCAUCUGGCCCUUGCGACAGAGGACAUAUUCAGAACCCUGAGAGAGAUGAGGAAGAGGACCGGAAUAGGGGGUUUCGAGUUCAUGCCGUCUCCCCCUCCAACUUAUUACAGGAAUUUGAAGAGCAGGGCCGGUGAGAUUCUCAGGGAUGAACAGAUCAAGGAGUGUGAAGAACUUGGGAUUCUAGUGGAUAGAGAUGAUCAGGGCACCCUUCUUCAAAUCUUCACCAAGCCUGUUGGAGAUAGGCCGACAAUGUUUAUAGAGAUAAUCCAGAGAAUAGGGUGCAUGGAAGAAGAGAAGGAAGGGAAGAUGCAGCAGAAGGGUGGGUGUGGAGGGUUUGGUAAGGGCAACUUCUCUCAGCUCUUCAAAUCCAUUGAAGAAUAUGAGAAGAUGCUUGAAGCCAAACAAGCCCUUGCUGGCUAAGGGCUUGUACUCAUCUGUCUGAUUUGAUUGAGUUCUGAUCUAAUGUGAUGUCAUGUGAUUGUAGUUAUAUUUAAACUUAAUAAGAAUACGGAGUAAGUAAAAAGAAUAAGUUGAAUAGAACAAGUUCUAAGCGUGACGGUCUCUCUCUUUUUCGAGCCAAACUCAUUUGUUGUACACUACACCGUUUAUUUGUACUCCUUCCACUGACAAUAUGACUCUUGUGAUAUGGAGAUUCAUUAAGUUUUUUUUUUUUUUUAUGCAAAAGUCAUAAUAGUCAUGUGAAUGGUGAGAGUACUGCACAUGUAUAUUUUUUCUCAAAAUAAAUAAAUUUGACUGAGGUAG